AUGUAUAGACGACCACUUCCACCCAUCGAGUUGACAAAUAUCCAAACCUUGAAGCAAGUUUACGAAUCCGAAGGCAUAAAAUUGAAGCCGCUUCUGAAUCCAAAAACGAGACAAAGAACGAUUAAACUCAAAGCACGUUACUCUCAUGAGGACAAAUUCAAUGAGAAGAUAUCGUUUAUUCAGGCAGACAUUACCAGGUUAAAGGUAGAUGCCAUUGUUAACGCUGCAAACAGGACUCUACUGGGAGGAGGUGGAGUCGACGGUGCUAUUCAUAGAGCUGCUGGUGACCUCCUGUGGAAAGAAUGUCGGACCCUGAACGGAUGCGAUACUGGGGAUGCCAAGAUUACAAAAGGAUAUGAUCUACCGGCAAAACAUAUCAUACAUACCGUUGGGCCAAUUGGCGAAAAUCGAGAGGCACUGAGUAGUUGCUACCAAAGAUCAAUGGAGGUACUCUGUGAGAAGAAGCUGAGGACAGUCGCUUUUUCUAAUAUCAGUACCGGCAUAUAUGGUUUUCCGCGUGAGACAGCUGCUCACGUGGCAUUGGAUACUUUAAGAAAGUGGAUGGAAACUGAUUCCAAUGCUGACCUUGUGGACCGAAUCAUCUUCUGUGUUUUCGAUGAAGAUAAUAUGCUUGUCUAUAGAUACUAUUUGCCGAUGUAUUUUCCACAACCACCAGAUGUUGAGAUUUAUCUUGAACCCAAAAAAGAUGAUAGUGAUGAAGAAGCAAAGAAGAAAAGUUAUUGGAGUGAUGAGGAAGAAAAGAAAGAGAAGCGUGGUUGGGGUGCUCCAAGGCGAACGUCUGACGAUGAGAAAGAGAGACGUGGUUGGGGUGCUCCAAGGCGAACAUCUGACGAUGAGAAAGAGGGACGUGGUUGGGGUGCUCCAAGGCGAAUGUCUGACGAUGGGAAAGAGGAACGUGACAGGGGGGAUGCUCCAAGGCGAACAUCUGACGAUGAGAAAGAGGGACGUGGUUGGGGUGCUCCAAGGCGAAUGUCUGACGAUGGGAAAGAGGAACGUGACAGGGGGGAUGCUCCAAGGCGAACAUCUGACGAUGAGAAAGAGGGACGUGGUUGGG